CCCCUUUCCUAGUAGGUCCGGUCUCCUCGCUGUAACCCAUUCAUGGUGAACGAGGUGCGGGAAAACAGCCGCGCUUUGCCACAGCUGAGGGUGUAACCAGACUCUCUUUAGCUGCGUUUCGGCCCUUUUCUUUCACAAUUGAUCCCGGGCCCUCUUCCCCUCCCCCACCCCUGCCCCGCCCGCCUCGUGGAUUAAGCACCCGUCAAUCCAGCCCUCGUGUCUGCGCGAAGCAGGUGAUCUUGAGACUGAACCACCGGGCUGCGUGUUCCUCGCCGGUGGUGCUGAUUAGAAAGAUGAUCUCUAGCAACGCGAAAGGCUGCUCCGAGCAACUUUGAUCGGCAAGGAUUGAGAGAGAGAAAUCCUCUUCUUCUUCUUCUUCUUCGUUGUUGUUUAAAGGUUUGAAAAAACAGGGCAUCCCGCGAGGCGGAAGGUGCGCGUCUCUAAGCGAAACUUCUUUGGAACUGGAUCUGAAGGUUUUUUUCCCCCUCUUCGCCCUCCUCAAGGAAGCGUGGUUUGGGUUUGGAGUAAACUUUUUUUAAAUGUUUGGGAUCCAAGAUACUUUAGGAAGAGGACCCAUCCUGAAGGACAAGGUGCUGGGAUCGGAGAUGGAUCCUGUCCGAUCCUGGGUCAGGAACGUUGGAGUAGUGGAUGCGAAUGUUGCUGCUCAAAGCGGCGUGGCUUUGUCAAGGGCCCACUUCGAAAAGCAACCCCCCUCCAACUUGAGGAAGUCCAAUUUCUUCCACUUUGUCCUAGCCCUCUACGAUCGACAAGGCCAGCCCGUGGAGAUCGAGCGGACUGCGUUUGUGGAUUUUGUGGAAAACGACAAAGAGCAGGGCAACGAGAAAACCAAUAAUGGGACCCACUACAAAUUACAGCUUCUCUAUAGCAAUGGUGUCAGAACUGAACAGGAUCUCUUUGUCAGGCUUAUCGAUUCAGUCACAAAACAGCCCAUUGCCUAUGAAGGACAAAAUAAGAAUCCAGAAAUGUGCAGAGUUCUACUCACCCAUGAAGUCAUGUGCAGUCGUUGUUGUGAAAAGAAAAGCUGCGGGAAUCGCAACGAAACACCCUCAGACCCCGUGAUCAUUGACAGAUUCUUCUUAAAAUUUUUCCUCAAGUGCAAUCAGAAUUGUUUGAAAACAGCAGGGAACCCCCGAGAUAUGCGACGGUUCCAGGUGGUGUUAUCGACAACAGUGAAUGUGGAUGGGCAUGUAUUGGCAGUAUCUGACAAUAUGUUCGUUCAUAACAACUCAAAACAUGGACGGAGGGCAAGGCGACUUGAUCCAUCCGAAGCGACUCCCUGCAUCAAAGCAAUUAGUCCAAGUGAAGGUUGGACCACAGGUGGCGCCAUGGUGAUCAUCAUAGGGGACAACUUCUUUGAUGGGCUGCAGGUUGUGUUUGGGACAAUGCUUGUAUGGAGCGAGCUGAUAACCCCUCAUGCCAUCCGUGUCCAGACCCCCCCUCGUCACAUCCCUGGCGUGGUUGAAGUAACAUUAUCGUACAAAUCCAAACAGUUUUGCAAAGGAGCCCCUGGUAGAUUUAUUUAUACAGCUUUAAAUGAGCCUACCAUUGACUAUGGUUUCCAAAGACUCCAGAAAGUGAUCCCAAGACAUCCCGGUGAUCCAGAGAGACUAGCUAAGGAAAUGCUAUUGAAACGAGCAGCUGACCUAGUUGAAGCACUGUAUGGAACGCCGCAUAAUAAUCAGGACAUUAUACUGAAGCGAGCUGCGGAUAUUGCGGAAGCUCUGUACAGCGUCCCGAGGAACCCGGCUCAGAUCCCGGCGUUGUCCAGCUCUCCUGCUCACAGUAGCAUGAUGGGCAUCAACUCCUAUGGCAGCCAGUUAGGAGUCAGCAUCUCAGAGUCGACACAAGGCAACAAUCAAGGUUACAUCCGCAACACCAGCAGCAUCUCCCCCCGAGGUUACUCUUCCAGCUCGACCCCUCAGCAGUCUAAUUACAGCACCUCCAGCAACAGCAUGAACGGCUACAGCAACGUCCCCAUGUCUAACCUGGGUGUUCCCGGCUCUCCUGGCUUCAUUAAUGGCUCUCCCACUGGAUCUCCCUAUGGCUUGAUGUCUUCAAGUCCAACAGUCGGCUCCUCCAGCUCUUCCUCCAUCCUCCCGUUCUCAUCCUCUGUCUUUCCUGCUGUCAAACAGAAGAGUGCCUUUGCUCCCGUCAUCCGACCCCAAGGCUCCCCUUCCCCAGCUUGCUCUACUGGCAAUGGAAAUGGAUUUAGAGCCAUGACCGGUCUUGUUGUUCCUCCAAUGUAAAAGAAGGGGAAGAAUUGCUGGAGGUAUUUUUUUCCUUUUCUUUUCUUUUUUACAGCACAAAACUACUUAUUGUGAUGGACCAGUAGAAAGAAAGAGAGAGAAAAAAGGCACUCCACACUCUAUUGUUGGGGGACGCCAUGUGCAAGGGAACAAUUUUUAUGGAUCGGACAAGCUAGGAGGCUGCACUCAUCUGUUCCGGUUGCAUAUACACUUUCAUCAACUCCUAGAACAUUAAAAGAAGGAAUGGGCCAAGAACCAGAUGUGCGCUGUUGAUGGGAUGGAAUCUGAAUUACAAGGUUUUUCUUACGGACACAAAACCUUCCAAACGUUUGUAAAAUAUUAAAGGGGAGGGAACAAAUUGGCCAACCAUUCAAGCUUGAUAUUUUGGAUACUCUUUUGUUUUACUUUGUAGGGAGAAAAAAAGUCGAAGUUUCUAUUUUCUAUGGAGCUUUUCAAAUACCAAUUUAGUUUAUUCAGAAAUAAUAAUAAAAAUUAAAGCCACAAAACAGGGUACCAGCAUGGAAGAAUUUCUUAUAAAACUGAGGUGAAUGGUGGAACGUGGACGUGUGUGUGUAUUUGCUUAUAGUUUAAUCUCUUUUUAAAAAAUGGAAAAAUGUAAGAUGUUUUACAAUUAUUUAAAUAAAUAAACUUGUAAGUUAUUGUAUGUAGAGGUAGAAAUUGAAGACUUUGGGGGGGAACUUUUUUCUGUCUCCUGUUGUACAAUGAACAACAACAACAAAAAUAGACAAAUGCAAACAUGCAGCAAUGAUCUCAUGGCAUAUCUUAACGCUGCAAUCUGUCCUCACUUCUCUCCUGCUCCUUAUUGAACCGUGUACAAGAACGUCUUGGAUUCUUCACGAAGGACUCAUCCACAAGCUUUUAUACACAUUAUGGUAUAUAUACAUAUAUAUAAAUAUAGGACAGUAGUUAACGUAUGAAUAUUAUACACUUUUUCAUCUUUUGAUUCAAUUAAGGUUUCAGGUACUGACGUAAGCUGUCUAAUUUCAUACAUCCUAUCGGUAACUAUGUGGCAUGUAUGGGCGUUUCUAUCCGGUUUUCGUGUGGAACUGUCAUGACUUUUUCAGGUUGCAAUUUGAGCAAAAGGGGAUGGAAAGGGGUUUUCCAGUCCAGUCACUUUCCGUGUGGGAAAGGCAAGAUUUGAUCAUCAGUAUGUUACAGUGAGCACUGGCAUUCACAUGGGAAUGCUAACAGUCCCCAAAUGAAUUUUGUGAAGGCCCCAAAACAUAUGUUUAUACAAUAUGUAUGUUAGAUUAAUCUUCUUCUUUUAGAACUUGUUCAGAAAAGGUGUCCCCAAUUAAUCGUAGUUAUCACAUUGGUAGUUUCAGUCAUUAUGAGUUUUCCAGUUAGGAAACCCCUUUAACUACCCCCUGGUAUGCCUGGAGCACUUGCGUGCCAACUGAGAUACAGACCGUUCCUAGAGGCUUAAAGUUUUAAAAUCCACCCUUGCCCCACUUCUCAGCUGGCACGGGGUUUCAACUUUUUAUUUUUUUAUUAUUUAUUUAUUAAUCAAAUUUGUACAUUGCCCCAAACUUUCAUAUCUGGGCGGUUAACAAUAGCAUAAAACAAGUUAAAAUACAGUAUAUACAAAAACUUAAAACAAUGUAACCAUUUAAAAAUUUAAAAUUUAAAAAUUUAAAUGUUAAAUCCCCAGGAGCAGCCAGUGUGAUCCUCAACUGGUAUGCAGGCUACUCCAGGAAAUUUAAAGUUUAAAAAUCCAACCCUGCACCAGCUGAGAAGGAAUCUAACCCAAUUUUUCAGCUUAAGCCUAGUAUCUUAACAUCGCGUUUUCAGUAUCCACGGAACUUUCCACUAAUGUUACCCCUGCAAGGCCUCCUAUAUAUAUAAUUUUUAAUUCAAGUACUUUAAAAAACUUUUACCACGAGGCAAGGUAAGUUGGUAAGCCCCACCUUAAAAGAGACAUCCUCCCUUUUCAUGCAUAAAGGAGAGAUGCCUCUUCUAAGAAACUCCUGCUAUGACACACAUAUGCAACAUCUAAAAGCAGAGAUGGGUUUCUGGUUCUUGCCCAUAUGCAUUGCUUCACCCAUCUUAACUUCUUGUCCCAGGGCUCACUCCAACCUUGCUAUGCCUCUUGGUGCCGGCAGGGCAGGGAGAUAUACCAGCAGCAGAGCUCUGUAGGACCAAUCUGAUCCCUGCCAGUUUUGCAAGGAGCAUUUCUCCUCACAUUCCUUGCAAAGCUUGCAAGAAGCACAAAGAACUAAGAGGAGGCUACUGGCAAACUUCCCCGCUCCCAGUGCCACUUUCAAAGCUUGCAAAGGUCAGUUUGAAAGGGGGCUGGCCUCCAUUACAGCCAUGAGGCAAGGCGGCAUUUUGUUCCUCACCUCAGGCACAGCACUACCUUGGGCCAUGAUAUUUUGGGCUACGGCACUUUCUGAACACACUCUCAGCAUGCAUCUCUUGGGUGCUCCUAUUCACAAAAUUUGUCAAGGACUGUCAACAUUCACAGAAGAGAUUUCAGCUCUUCACUGCAACAUACAAAGGGCUUGUUCACAUGACCCUAACCAGGGUCAGAGGAGUGCCCAGCCAAGGAAGGAGAGCUGUGAUUGUCAGUUGUGUGUUUGCACAGAUCUAGGCAGGAGCGGGGGAAGUGAUCGCGUGAGAGCUGUGUAGGACAGCCCACAUUCUGUCACUGGCAUUUUAUCGAGGGUGGACAAGAAGCCAUCCUACCCAGCUCCUGGCUCCCACACAAUCUCUCAUCCCUCCCCCUACCUUGAUCUUUGCAUUCACAUGACCACCGAUCGAGAGUCCACAUGGCUCUCCUACUUUGUUGGGGGGCUCCGUUGACCCUGUUUCAAGUUACGAGAAUGAGCCCAUAAUAUAAGAAACCUAUACAUUUGAUGCAGGAACACGAUACAGGAAAGCAUCCAGAACUAUAUUCCGCUGAAUCGGAAUAUCAAGUUGGCUCCCUGGCAGACCAUUUAUUUCUAUCAGGUUGGUACGAAGCUCCCCCUCCCAGCAAACUGUCCCAAAUCAUUUGGGUGGAGGGACCGGAUCUAUGGAUGCAAAUGACAAUUUGCAGGGAAUGGGUCUCUCCAUUGAACUGGGUGAGAAAGCAUGCAUGGCGUGCACAAGAGAUCUCUAUGUGUAUGAAUCUAAGCUUAGAUGGAUCUGUAGUUCAGGGCAACUUUUUCUAGACACUCACAAGGAAUUGAGUGAAUAUGCAGAUCCAUGGCUGUCCACUCUCAAUGUCCCAAUCACCAGUAAGAGCUGUUCAAAGAGGUUGGUAGCUUCCCUAAGACCUUCUAUACCACCUUCUGCUGAUGUCAUUGUAACCAUCUCGAAUGGAGUCCCUUAUGUUGAUAAUAUGCCUAUAAAAAUCUAUUGAUCACUUAUUGGCUCUUUACAAUAUACUAUUUAUAUAUGUACCUGUAUUUUAAGGUGAAACCCAAACUUCUGUGCACCCAAUGAGGGUAACUGUGUUUUUCAGGGGAAUAAAAACAUUAGUGUUUUCCCAU